AUGGAGCUCGGGCGUACAAUUGCUGGCAUGCUGGUGGUCGCAACCCUCAUGUGCUCGGGAAACUUGUGUAUUAGUAUGUCUAAGCAGGACGGUCAGAUCCUGUACAGCAGCACCACCGUUACGCUGCUCAUUGAGAUGCUUAAGUCGAUGGUAAUGCUCUCCGUGAUCGUCAUGACAAAGACAUUGCCACCGGCGCAUUUCGUGUCCAUCGAGGCCUUUUACUACGCUGUGCCUUCCUUUCUCUACACCAUUGACAACAACCUCAAUUACGUAAUAUUGCGCUACAUAGACGCCGCAACACUCUCGGUGCUCUGGAAUCUCAAAAUUGUGGUCACUGCUAUAUUAUUUCGCUUCGUCCUAAAGCAACCAUUGUCGGAACUUCGCAAAGCUGCAAUUGUUUUGUUAGUGUUGGGUGUACUCACGAGUCAGUCGAAUCAUUUGCGACAGAUGCAGGAUGCAAUGGCUUUAAAAAGCACUAGUGGCAGCGACAUGGAUACACAAGACGCGGCUGCGGACGAAAACGCCCACGAUCUCUUCAUUGGUGUCUUACUGGUGCUGGUCGGAGUCAUGCUGUCAUCAUGUGCGAGUGUUUUUACCGAGUGGACAUUUAAGCGAAAGUCGAACUGUUCAUUUCUAUGGCAGAACAUGCAAAUGUAUAUCUUUGGCAUCCUCUUUAACGCUGUCGGAGUUACUUUGAUUGACGGAGAAGAGAUUGCGGAUCAUGGUUUCUUUCAUGACUAUAGCAACUGGACGCUCGCUGUUGUAGCAGUGAACAGCAUUGGUGGUAUUGGCAUGGGUCUGAUUCUAAAAUACAUGGACAACAUUGCUUGCGUCUAUUCGCAUUCCAUGGCGAUGAUGCUCACAAUGCUUUUGUCAACGCUCUUCUUCUCUUUUCAUCCGUCACUUGAGUUUGGCUGCGGAUUGACCGUGCUUAUCAUAUCAAUGUAUAUAUACCACCAUCCUCAGGCACUUGCUGACGUAUCAGCUAUCAAUGCUGCGACGUCAACAGGUACAGAUCUCAAAAAGCUUGACCUUACAGUCGGAAGUGAAAUUACAAAUGAUAGACAAACAGAGCCAGAGAAUCACGAUACAGAUACAUCCUCGAUUGCUUCAAGAAGCGAAAAUUCAUCGUCUGUUAAUCCAAGGUCGAUGCGUGGGUUGCAAUUGAAAAGGACGCAGUAUUCGAUGCUUCCGGGUGAGUCGGAAGACCUCGAGAGCGCACGCGCCAACGCUAAGGAAAUAAACAUUUCCGCAAAUAAAUGA